AUUGCAAAACUGAACCGCCGCCUACACCCAAUCGCCAUCUGGCACCACUUCCGGCAUUCACUUACCGAUAGUAAUGGCGCUCAGUUUCACGUCGACGCCGGCUUCCUCUCUGAGGAUGAACUCUCUCGUGUUCUCUCCCAACUCCGGCAUCAAUACCGGCGCAAUUAAGCAUUCUUUGCCUUUUCACCCCCUUCGUCCCAGGAAAUUGAAGAAGCUCAUUAGUGACCAAAAGAAUGUGAGGAGAGCUCUGCCAAAGGCUAUGUACUCUGAUGAGAUUUGGACCCCGGAGAGUGGUUCUCGGCAAGGAAUUUGGUCCAUAAGGGAUGAUUUGGAAGUCCCAUCGUCUCCAUACUUUCCUGUAUAUGCCCAAGGACAGGGGCCGUCACCAAUGUUGCAAGAACGCUUCCAGAGUGUCGUUAGUCAACUUUUUCAACAUAGAAUAAUACGUUGUGGUGGAGCUGUCGAGGAUGAUAUGGCAAACAUUAUAGUUGCUCAGCUUCUCUAUCUUGAUGCUGUUGACCCUAACAAGGACAUUGUAAUGUAUCUCAACUCUCCUGGAGGUUCAGUAACUGCUGGAAUGGCCAUAUUUGACACAAUGAGGCAUAUUCGACCUGAUGUGUCAACCGUGUGUGUUGGACUAGCAGCAAGUAUGGGGGCAUUUCUUCUGAGUGCUGGGACCAAAGGAAAGAGAUAUAGUUUGCCAAAUUCAAGGAUAAUGAUCCAUCAGCCUUUGGGUGGAGGUCAAGGUACACAAACUGAUGUAGAGAUCCAGGCAAACGAAAUGUUAUAUCAUAAAGCAAACUUAAACGGGUAUCUUGCUUACCACACUGGUCAAAGUUUCGAGAAGAUAGACCAGGAUACUGACCGUGAUUUCUUCAUGAGCCCCAAAGAAGCCACGGACUAUGGUCUUAUUGAUGGCGUCAUCAUGAAUCCUAUGAAGGCUCUCCAACCACUAGCUGCUGCUAGUGCAGACAGUAAUGACUCAUCCAGUGUGUGACAGCAUUAUAGUAAAUCCUCUGCAAGCUCCCCCAACACUGGCUGCUGCUAAUGCAGAUUGUAAUAUCAACCGGGAGAGUCCAGGUGCUAUAAUGACAUCUUCAUUCUAUAGAUGGUCAAGGACAGAUUUGCCCAUGAUCAGAUUUUAGAAUGCUGAAUAAUCUCUAUUGUUUGGAAAUGUGUACGAUUUAAUGUUUAUACUCUACUCUAGCCAAAUUGGAUAUUGAUAAAAAUAGGUUAAAAUUUUGGAAACUGUUAACCAUCUCAUUUUGCCCUUUAGGAUCUGUAUCGUACAAUUGUUGGAGAUUAUCGGUUUGGACUAGGGCAAAACCUGAAGUU